CUGUUGCCAUGGUUGCUCGCAGAUCAAGGGAAAUUCAAUAUAGCUAAAAUUAUGUAUAUUUUCAGUUCAUAGUUUCUCAGCUUCCUAGCUAAUACAAAACUGGCAAAGCAGUUUCCUAAAAUGUCAGAAAAGAAUACUACUUUGAACGUUUCUUAUAUUUUUCCAAAUGGAGACAGCUAUGAAGGGCAGUGUUGCCGGUCCUCUGAUGGAGUAGUUAUGAGGAAUGGCGUAGGCAAACACACAUCAGCGAGCGGAGUUACCUACAAUGGAGAGUGGCAGGAUGACAAGAUGAAUGGUCAAGGGUGUCUGAAGCACCCUUCUGGAGCAGUGUACGAAGGCCAGUUCAAAGACAACAUGUACCAUGGCACAGGGACCUACACCUUCCCUGAUGGGACCAAGUACACAGGCAGCUUCAGCAAUAACAGGCUGCAGGGCGAAGGAGAGUUCACAGACACACAGCAGCUGGUUUGGACCGGAGGUUUCCAUGACAAAGCUGCACCAGGCCUGAAGCUCAAACUCAAUAUGUAGUUCUAUCAAUAUAUGUAGUUCUAUCAAUAUGCUCCUCUAAUUUGGUUAUAAGAAUAGAGAGAGAGAAAAAAACAUCAACUGAAAACCUUGACAGACAGUAGAUGAUUCUUAUAUUACACCCUGUGGAAUUCCUUUAACAUUCAUCUCUUAUACAUACAUGCCUGUAGCAAGGAGUUUGAGAAUGUUCGUGUAUGACAGCGUGCCACUGCUAAGAGAUGGUGUACAGGACAGCAAAAUUGUCAGGAGUGAGUCAUUCUGUUGCUUUAACAAUGAAAGUGGCAAGCACUGACACAGGGAAAAGUACAGAAAUACAGCUGGGCUCUUAUUCUGCUAGCGUCAUCCUUUCACAGUAGGCCACUGAAAGCUAAUUUUAGAUUUGACUUUCAUAUACAGUUAGGUGUCAGCUACUACAAUAUUGAUAGAAUGUCAAGGUCUAUCUCUUUUCAUCAAAAUAUGUCAAUAAAAAAUUACCU